GUGUAGCUUGAGAUGCACAGCCAUGGAAAGAGAGAACGGCAGUUCUAACUUUUACCUCUGUUGUUGAUUAAGUCUACUGAAAGUUCUGCAGUGGCCAUUUGGUGCAAGAAUCUAUGGAGCCUCCGUAGAAAUCGCGUUCGAUAAUCAUUACUCACCGUUCUAUAAAUUAGUAGUCUUCCUGCACUGCCUGCGCCACCAUAUCGCCGCCUCCACCAUCAGCCGCAUUGUGCCGAACACUUGGCAGGCACGCCAUGGCCACCUACCGCAUUACAUUAAGUGUCCUGCUUCUGUCGCUCGCCCUGCUCUCUCCCUUCCUCCUCCCGUCGCAUGCUCAACCUCCCCAGUGCGGAUGCGAAGCUCCGGCGCCGGCGCCGGCGCCUUCGGCCUCCAUCCUCAACCCGGACCCGGACUUGUUCCUCAAUCGCAAGCAGUACCUCGCCUACCUCGUCAUCCAGCUCUUCAAGCUCACCAUCACCUGCGACCCCCAGAACGUGACGGCCUCCUGGGUCGGCUUCCGUCCCUGCGCCACUUACCAAGGCUUCUACUGCGAGGCGCCCCCCAACUCGCCGGAGACGCCCACCAUCGCCUCCGUCGACUUCAACGGCUUCCGCCUAUGCGCCCCCACCCUCGUCGGCUUCCUCGACCAGCUCCCAGACCUCGCGCUCUUUCAUGCUAACUCCAACAACUUCUCCGGGCCCGUUCCCGACCUCACCGGCCUCCCCUUUCUCUACCAGCUCGACCUCAGCAACAACGACCACUCCGGCGCCUUCCCCGCCGACCUCCUCCCUCUCGCCAAUCUUUCCUUCCUCGACAUCCGCUUCAACCGCUUCGUCGGCACCGUCGCCCCCGCCAUCUUCUCCCUCGGCCUCGACGCCUUCUUCCUCAAUAACAACCUCUUCAACCAGCCGCUCCCGGAGACCCUCGGAAGCUCACCGGUGGCGUACCUCACGCUGGCCUACAACGGCUUCACCGGCCCGAUCCCACGUUCCAUCGGCAAUAUGUCGAACACCUUGCUGGAGGUUCUCUUCUUGGGAAACAAGCUCUCCGGCUGCCUCCCUGUCGAGAUCGGGCUUCUGGGGAACAUCACCGUGUUCGACGCCGGGGAUAACUACCUCACCGGGAAGAUCCCUUGGGCGUUCGGGUGCCUGCGCAAGGUGGAGCAGCUCAACCUCGCCAGGAACCUGCUCUACGGCGAGGUGCCGGACGCGGUGUGCCUGCUGGCGAAAACAGGGGAGGGCAAUUUGGCGAAUUUGUCGCUGUCCGGGAACUACUUCACCUCGCUGGGGCCCGCGUGCUGGGAGCUGAUAAAGAACCAGUCGGCGGUGGGGGUGAUCGACGUGAGGAUGAACUGCAUCAAGUGGCUGCCGGAUCAACGGCCGUGGGAGGAGUGCCUGCGGUUCCUGUGGACACCGAAGCCACACUGCCCGCCGCCCUUCCUCCACGUGCCGUGUAGGUUGGACAAGUGGGAACCGUGGAAGUGGUACCCGAGUUGGCCGCCGCAGCGGAGAUCUCCGGCCACCGGAGCGAAGUCGGGAUACGUGUCGUAUAACAUGCUGCAUGAACCUCCCAAGAAAUAACUCGUUAUCAGUUAUAUCUACAGGCAAUCUCUGCACGAGUGAAACUCGAUUAAUCAAGUGUAUUUUAUGUAUGAAAAAGUAAAAUAUAUAUAAAUAUUGCUGGAACUGGAACUGAUCAGUAUUUUGAAAGGAAUCGAUCAAAAUGAGGUAUGUUAU